AGAAUAUCGUAUUUUCUUAAAUCCAUUCAUUUUCAUUUAAUAAAUUUAUACGCGUUAAAUAUUUUGUGUGUGUAGAAUUUAUACCGUCGUUCAUUUAAGCAAUUAAUUGGCAACAAAUAAAUGUGGUUUUAUUUGUUUCCGGAGAUCAAAUUCGUUUGCGAUGGAUAUGAAUGAUGGUUAUCCGUAUGAAAAAAAAUCCGAAAAUAAUUCGAAUAGCUCCUGCGAAAACCUGUUAGUCAGUGAUGCCAACGCAUACAAACAACAGGACUCCAGAAUGUGGUUAAUUAAUGGUAUGGAUCGGCCGGAAAGAAAAUCAGCUUUGUCUCAAGAUGAUUGCGAAAACCAACAAGCAAUUGGUGAUACUUGCCACAGUCAGCAGCAUUUCAAGGCCAAUAUUAGUGAGUUGCGUGAGUAUGUGGAAGGAGCCCAAUUAGUUGUAAAAAAAGAUAUCUUUACUAUUCAAGAGAAUCCGGAAGGCAUGUCCAACUCUAAUCAUAAAUAUCCAGCUAAACAAUUAAAUCAUCUAUCGUUAUUAUCGGAAAAUUUGCGCAUAUCAAAAAUAUUAAGACGACUUUUAGCUGAGGAUAACGGGAAAAUAGCGCUGGAAUUAUGUAAAAAAUUGGACACUGCAGUUCGAAGUCAAUCAAAUUCAGUAUACAUAUGUCGUUCUUUCGACUACCUAUUUGAGAAUAUGAUAAACGUGCUAAAUAAAAGUCCUUUCGAGUGCCUGGAAGUGGCUAGUGGCAUUUUGGGCGUAAUGGGUUACAUAAAUCGGACCGAUUACGCUAUUUAUAAAAUGCAUUUGACCAAAGCGUACAUGAACCAUCCCAAAAUACGGAAAUACUUAAUGCUGGCUCUGAAGACAACUAUAAGUUGUGAUGCUGUUAACCUUAGCCUCGUGACUUACAGUGAAGGUUUGCUUAGUCUACUCAAAGAAUACCUCGAAAAUUCCGAAGCUGGGGAGAACUUUAUUGCAGUUAGCGACACGAUUGGUGAAUUUUCCAAGCAUUAUAAAAUUGCUUUCCAAACUCACUUCACCGAUAUUGUUGACAUUAUUAUUGGUUGGCAUUUAGAGAUUGAACAAUCAUCUGAGCUAAAACGUCAUUGUGCGAAAGUGUUACAACAAUUUGCUCCAUAUUUUCUAAGCGAAUUAAAUUUCACCUACGGACUACUGGUACAAUUCAUUGAAGACAUUGACGUCUGUUGUGAAGAAAUUUUAAGUACGGACUGUAGUGCUAAAGUUAAGCAGGAAGCAGAAUGUCGACUAGGGGCUUUUAUAGGCGCCUUCACAUCGAUCAUUAAAGCUUUAAUAUCUAAGAACCACGACUUCUCAACGUAUUCCAAUGCUCAAACUAUACUUAACAAUGCUUUAACCGCUAUCAGCAAAGCCGGGCAACAUAUCUCAAACGGUGUGGUCAUAGUUAGCGAGGCGACGACACUUAACCUAAAUGAAUUCUAUUGUUUGUUUAUCUUAAAUCAAAGCAUGCAGUUGAUAACAGUUGCUGCCGUAGAAGACCUGCUGGAAAUGCAAUUAAAAAUAUUACCACAGUGCAACAUUAAUCAGCAGUGUAGUGUUUUAUAUCUGAUAUUAACCACCGUAAAACAAUUUAAAACUCAAUUGCCUUUAAGCUUUGUCAAUCUAAUAAUGAAAACUACAUGCAAUCCAGUACAAGAGCUCAAACUUAGUUGCGAUUCCAAGGCAUAUAAAUUGCUGUUAAAAAUUUAUCACGAUAUAUUAAUGAUUAAAAAUGUACCCCUGUUACAGAAAGCUUAUCAUCAUAUAACAGCGGACGUUAACGAUAUUAUUGCCCACUUAGCUAAUGGUAAAAAUCUUAACAUAAGCGGACGUGCAGAAACUUUACUAAAUUUCUACGUAGCUGCCUUAGCAAUUUUGGGCACUCAAACUUCCUCCAUUAUUGGCAUGUAUGCCCUAAAUCCAUCAAUACUAGAAUUAUUGAUACACAAUUGUCGAGCAGCCGAUCAACAUUUGUGGUCGCAAUAUCCUGCUUUGCAUGAAGCUUUGCUGCAGUUGAUUAUUGUUCACUGCUCAAAGAACCACAAUUUUCGUCAAACAUCACGUUUAUUAACUCAACAGCAGGAUAUUAGUUCUCCUACAUCGGAAAACUUCGUUAUGAUAUUGAAAUUUUUAGCUAAUAUAUUUCAAUGGUAUGAAUCUCCGGCAAUAAUAAAAUGGUUGGGGCAGAUUUUAGAAGAAUGUCAACCUCAGCAUAAGGUUUUAAUUCAUCACAUAAAUUUUCGGGAACUGUGCGAAGCUAUCAUUGCCUUUUCUCAAAACAAACCAAUGAUGUACUCAAGAUUUUUCUUUAUAAUUUUACAUUAUCCGAAAUUACCUCAGGACUUACUGCUAAAUAUAAGGGAUAUAGCUUUGUGUUUAUUGGACGCCGCAGAUAUAAACGUCAGUCGCAUUUAUUGUUCUAUACUGGGAAAAUUACCGCUUGAGAUUUGCUUGCAACCAAAUAAAGACGGUCAGUUUUUUUCCCUGUAUAAAAACGAAAUUACAUCUUUGUUACAAUGGCAAAAAACCACUCAAUGCUUUUUCGCUCUGCGUCCUAAAUAUUUCAAGUCGAUAAUGGAAAGUAUGGAACCUAUGAAUAUCAAUAGCAACAUAGUUGCCUAUCAGAAGUACUUCGAUAGAACCUCUUCGGGUCAACAUCGGCAAAAUUUUGCCGAGUACGCGCAAAAUAUAGCUCAACAUUCAGCUCUUCUAUGCCAACAUUUACAAUAUGAAUGCGCUCGACACUGUGUGCAGCAAAAAUUACGCACUUCUUUAGGGAAACCGCAAGAAACUUUUCUUGCCAUUGAAGGGAUUGUGAUGAAAUUUGCGCGUCUACUGGCCGAAAAAGAAAGUCUUCCGGCCAAUUUGAAAAACCCAAAUGACAUCAUAGAAAUUCAGAAGAACGCUCGCAUGCUCUUAGGCUUUUUAGAGAACCUUGAAAAACAUAUUUACAAUGCUGGUGAGGGCACAGCUUAUGCAAUGUUACCAGUAGAAAAACCAGCAAAAACAUUCUUUCGUGUAAAUGCCACUACGUGUCGCGAAUGGUUUAAACGUAUACGUACCGCCGUUAAUUUGAUAGCUCUGCAUAGUUUAGAGCCAGAAAUGGUUAUACGAUAUUCUGAGAAUAUUUUACGCGCAGAAAAUAGUGUUACAAAUCCAGCCUUGUUGGAUCGUACGGUUACGUCAAUGGUGUGGGCUCUAUUGAACUGUGGCGAGGCUGAUAGUCUGCAAGGUCUAUUCGUCUGGCUAAAAGCUAAAAACGGUGAUCGCUUUAAUUGGAUACAGCAUGCAGUUGAACAGGCAACCGGUCAUUUGGAGCAAGCCGCAAAUGGUUAUACCAAAAUUCUCCGUAAAGAUAAUUUGAAAAAUAUGGAUAAUUUUGUUAAAGAGUUCUUUCAAAGGCAACUAGCUGAAUGCCUUUACAAUACCGCACGUUGGUCAGAAAUUUUAAAUAUAUCUGAUGACAAUAUAAGUUACACAAGAUCGCAUUUACAUUUGAUAGAAUCCAUCUAUGAAAAUUCUCCCUACAAUACUAAACAGGAGAACAUUAAUCAAGCCUGGAUGGAGCUAACUGAAUGGCCCAUUUGCAAUAAUGAGGGGAGCAACAUUAAAAGUGUAUACUCAAAACCCCAUAGUUAUUCUUAUGACGAUACUUUAUUGAAAUUAAAAGAUGCGUGUAUUCACGAGGCUACUUCGGGUGGAGAUCAAAAUUCAGUGGUUGAAACACUUCAAAUUAUAGUGCAAAAAACUUUACGUGAAGCUGUAAUGCAUGGAUGCGAACCAGCAAAGCAGAACCAGCAGUUUAUGGAAUUUCUAAUCAUCAAUAGCGUCGUGGAGAAAUUACUGCUCAGUGAACGCAAGGAACUCGCUCUAAAUAAAGAAAAUUUUCUGAGUAACACAUCUUCUUAUCUGACCACCAAGCAGUUGUUGUGGUCUUUGAUAAUCGCCCAGAGGCAAGAAGGCCUUGUCAACAACUCUGGACUCUUUUUGAAAGCGGCAAUCAGUGCUAGACGUGAAGGCAAUACAAGUUAUUGUCAAUCGCUUUUGGAACGUUUCUUUUCCUUGAAAGGGUUAGGAACAGAUUUAUCUACAAUUGCGGAAGAGUUAAAGACGGCAAAGCUUAAAGUAAAUUGUAACGACACAGAGCUCUUAAAUGGAUUCAACGAACUCUCAAAAUACUCUUAUGCGCAAUCUAACUCAUUAGCGGAUGCCUUAGAAUUGGAGGCAGCUUGCUGCUCUCAAAUCAUCGAACAAAAUUCGGAAAAUUUUCUCCAGCAGAAUGCUGCGAUGUGUUGUGAAAUCUUUUUGACCAUGGCCGAUUGGCUAAACACUCAACGAAUUAGCACACCCAGUAGUCCUAAUUACGGGCAAUUUCAAAGGUUGUUGAACCAGUUACCUGAUAUAUCCAUCUGCACAGAUAAGACGACUCAAUUAUCAUUGCCCAGCCAAGAUCAUGCGGUAGGAAAACUCUUACACGCCAGUGUUUUAACUAAGAGUGAUUGCGGCGAUGCUUGGUUUAGCUAUGGAAACUGGUGCUAUCGCUGGGGCAAAAAAAUUAUGGAAGCGCGAAAUCUGGAGCAAGCAUCCGACCCAAAGGCGAGCAAGCUUUCAAAGCAUGAUAUUUCACUAAUAACUGAACAAUUAGAUGAUAAGAUCCCAGACAAUCCAGAAGUAGUUGAACAGGUUAUAAAUAUUCUAAAUUCUCAUAUGUUGAAUACUAUGAAUGAUGGUGGAGUAGAAGAUUCAGAUAACAAUGCCACCAGUGCUAGCGACAUUUUGGAGUCAGAGCUACAAAAAAUUAAACUCCUCUCUUCUGAACAAGUAAGCGUUAUUUUGUUGAUUUGGCGCAACGCUCAUAAAGGUAUGUAUCGUUUUUACGAAGAAGCUACGCGAGCUUACUUCAAAUAUUUGGCCAUUGAAAGUGAGAAAAAUUCCACGUAUUCGAAGCGGCCAACUUCGGAAGAAAGUAUAAUUGAAGACUGUACAUUUGUGACAACCACCUUAAGGAUAUUGCGUUUAAUUGUUAAACAUGCUGCUGGACUACAAGACGUCUUGGAGGAGGGUCUAUCUAAUACUCCGUUGCGGCCUUGGAAAGUCAUAGUACCACAACUGUUUAGCAGACUCAAUCAUCAUGAACCAUAUGUGAGGCGUAGUGUAUCGGAUCUACUGUGUCGCUUAUCCAUCCAUCAACCUCAAUUGAUUAUAUUUCCUGCUGUAGUUGGUGCUCAGCAGGAACUGAAUCAUCGCGAAAGUAACCAAGUGACGCUAUCAAAUUGCUUCGGAACAUUAUUACAUAUGUUGUCCGAACAAGCGCCAGAAACUGUGCUACAUGUUCAAUUGUUGGUGAAAGAGUUGCGGCGCAUCACUUUUUUAUGGGAAGAAUAUUGGAUGCAUUCUUUGACACAGUUCUACGCAGAAUAUUCACCUCUUUACAACGCUUUAGAGGCAGAGACAAAAAAAACAAACGCUAAUACCAAGGAAACCAUUCUUUUUAAAUACGAGAUUUUUAUGAAACAUUUGUUAUCAGAUUUCCAGCAGAUAACAACAGUGACAGACAAAGAGCCCGAAACGAACUAUGAACGAAGCUUUCAGGAGCGCUUCAAGCCACACAUUAGCGCUGUCCUUGCGGAGUUGCAGAAGUCUUUAACCCUACAAAAACCCAACGACUGUUGGACAAAAAUUAAGCAACUCUAUACAAUCUUUCAACAAAGGCCUUUAAGGGGCAAUAACUCGAAUAUGAAAGUCUCAGAUAUAAGUCCAGUGUUGUCAAAUAUGCAAAAUACCGGCAUAACUAUGCCCGGACUAGAUAUUUAUGAGCAGCCCGCGGUAUACAUCAAAUCCGUAGACAGUUUGGCUUACAUAUUACCUACCAAGACUAAACCGAAAAAAUUGUCUUUCUAUGGCAGCAACGGUCACAGAUAUACUUUUUUGUUCAAAGGACAAGAGGAUCUACAUUUGGAUGAACGUAUCAUGCAAUUUUUGUCAAUUUCAAAUUCGAUGAUGGCACGCUCCCAUGAGAUAUGGACAAAGACAGAUUCUUUUAAAGCUCAUCAUUACAAUGUCAUACCUUUAGGAAAUCAAUCGGGUUUAAUCAGCUGGGUUGACGGUCUUACGCCUUUAUUUGCCAUAUAUAAAAAAUGGCAGCAACGUGAUGCCUUGCUCAAACAGCAACAAAACGAUCGUCAAGGUGGAGUUAGCGGCCAAGCAAUUCAAGAGAGUUCUAUGGUAAUCAAUGCUAGUCGACCUUCUGAACUGUACUUUAAUAAGUUAGAGCCAUUGCUAGCUGAACACAAACUUAAGGUGACUGAUCCGAGAAAACAAUGGCCCAUUCAAGUUUUGCGAUCUGCUCUAAGACAAUUAACCAAAGAAACACCAAGAGAUUUGCUUUCCAAAGAAAUCUGGUGCCAAUCUACAACGGCUGUAGAAUGGCGUAAGGCAAUCAGGCAUUAUUCGAUCUCAUUGGCUGUUAUGUCUAUCAUUGGUUAUGUAAUUGGGCUUGGGGAUCGUCAUUUGGAUAAUGUUUUGAUUAAAUUAUCCACAGGUGAAAUUGUGCACAUUGAUUAUAAUGUCUGCUUCGAAAAAGGCAAAACGUUGCGUAUACCUGAGAAGGUCCCAUUUCGACUGACUCCAAAUCUUGUAGAUGCCUUGGGGCUAACCGGUACUGAGGGUGCAUUUCGAUUAAGUUGCGAAUACGUUUUGAAAACCUUACGCCGUGAACGUGAGACACUGCUUACUUUGCUGGAAGCCUUUGUCUACGAUCCCCUAGUGGAUUGGACAGUAAAUGAUGAUGGGACAACAACAGUAUCUCGCGUAACUUCAGCACACGUAGCAGCUGCAAGCAUAACCGCUUUGGAUAACUCUUCUAAUGUAGCUAUUAAGGAUUUAUCACGAUUUUCUGCAAAAGAUAUGUACCAAAAGCGUAAACAAGAUGUCGAUUUGUCGCGGCAAGCAAUUAUUGUACGCUGCCAAGAAACUCAACCGUUAUGGCUUAAGUACAAAGAAAAUUUAGAUAUGCAACUUAACGCUCUUCUAAAUCUUGCUGAACUGUUUAAAGAGAAUCGGCGAAAUGUUUCAUUACUUGAACACGAGCGAGACAGUUUUAUUAAACAGCAAGCUAUGGUUCGGGAAUUGGAAGCUUUGGGUACAGCAAAAGCCAGUCAUGCCUUGAACACUGUUACGCAGCGUUAUAAUACUUAUAAAAAAAACUUGACAUCUUUUCAAGAUUUACGCGCAAGUUUGAAGCAAACUUUUAAAAAUCUAGAGAUAUAUGUCACAACGUACUUUGAAGUGCUCUUAAAUCCCGAAGAAUUAGAAAAAGUUGGCAUGAAACCAUUGUUAACAGGUGAUGAUGCAGUUAUAUUGGAAUAUCUUGAUCACUUAAAACAAAUACGUCACACUAGUGAAUGGCAAGAAUUAUGCGGCAAAAUAGAGUAUUCUAAAGAUGAAAUGUAUACCGCCAUUCAACAAGCGGAAAUCACAGUUAAAGAAUGUCAAAGCAUCUUAUUGCAAUACAGUCGCAUUAUGCAAUAUAUACCUCGGGAAUAUUUUCGGAACAACCAUUUAAUGCGAUACAAGAAAUUAUAUGAAAAGUUGAUAUCAAAUCAAAUGCCAGCAGAUGAAUGUCUCCUUGACACUGCAACGUUUAAUAAUAGUAAUGAAACCUAUGUUCGACUGUAUUUCGAAAAACUUCAAAACGUUUGCCAAGAUUUAAAUGAUACAAAAUUAUUAUGCAGCAAGACGUUGCAAAAACGCGAUUUAAAACAAGACGAUUUGCGUUUAUUGGCACGCAAAUCUCUCGAAAAACACGACAAAUUGCUCGAUGAAACACCGGAACAAAACGAGCGACUUUUAAAACUGUCUAUUGUGAAAACCAUGUCAUCCGCUUAUAAAGCUUUUAGCUCAAAUAUUGAUACUAGAAUAGCAACACGAAACCAUUUAACAGUCGAUUAUCAUUUAAAUUUUGUCGAAAUGAUAGAUGAAUUUGUGAAUAUAUUAAGUGAAACCCUGCAUGAUUCGGAUAAUUAUGAGAUCGUCCGCACAUUGGUGAUAUGUUUGAAACAAAUGGUACAACUGAAGGAUAACCUGAAUUGUUUGCCCGAAAAGAUUUUAUCACUUCUAACGACUGAUAAUAAAUUUGAUUUGGAGUGCAUUUUAGCAGAUAAAACUUUCACUCGCCUGCUGCGCCUUUGGUCGGUUCAUAAUGGUUUCAAUGUCGUAAUAAAUUCUAUAAAUGAAAUUGUGGAAAGUUUAGGAAAGUCUAUGCAAUCGUUACAAAUUAAUAUGUUAAAGGCUAUGAACAGUUUAGAAAACCUGAAUGAUGACGAAUUGCUGGCCAUCUGCCAUUUGGAUAUCAAUAGUUUUUUGAUGACGUUGUGCAAUAAUUUAUUUGUGAAACUCUUCACGACCAUGAAAAGCCACGUGGACUCUAUGAGAACUAGCGAAUCUUCAACACCACUGAAUGUUUACAAUGCGCGGCUGAUAUAUGACAGCAUUAACGAUUCGAUUCUCGAUUUUGAAAGUACCUGUUUAUUAAAAUUAUCACAAUGUUGUUUCCAAACAAUUUGCCACAAAAUUCAGAAUGAAUUCAAAUCACUUUCCGAUACUAAAGAAGACUUUGUUCAUACCGACUACAUUUGUCAGUGGCUUCAUGAAGCUCUUCAAGCAAACUACACUUAUCGAUAUGAUAAGAAAACACUACUAUAUGAAUCACAAUUAAUGGAGCAUCAACAAUUAGUAACUAAUGCUUUCUAUUGGGCUCAUGAAUCUAUUUUGAACGAAUUUAUAACGCCCGAUCAUCACCUGUUAUUAACUAAACCAGAUCUAAUAGACGUUUUACGGUUGCUUAAUAAACUAUUAGUAGCUAGGCAGUCCACGGCAGCUAAGAUACAAUCUGAACUUGACAUCGAUAAAAGGUUUUUUGUACAGAAACUGCAAAACCAAGAACUUGUAACUGCAAAUGAGUAUUUUGAUGCUCUUAAGGCGCGUUGCAUUUUCUAUAUUAAUUUACUAGAGCAAUUAACACUUUACUGUAAUAUUCUGUUACAAUUUGAAAUGGCACCCGGAGACAAUCUUUACAUAACAGCAAUGCGAGAAUUCGAGCAAGUUCAUCAAAGAUUAAGGGCCAGCGAAAUAGCUAUAACACCAGUGGAGCGUUCACUAGUACAACUUUUAGAUCCGGAAGAUGCAAUUGAUCAAUACUGGAUUGAAAAUGUAUCAGCGCUGUUAGAAGAAAUGAUCUUCACCGUUCAAAAAAAAAUUUGCAGCUUAGAAAAAAAAAAGGAAACUAUCGAAAAAAAUCUAGUCACACAGGGCCAACAAUUACAAUAUCUUUUAAAUUCCUCUGUACGUUUAGAUUUGCGACAACUCUUAAAAAUGUUCACAAAAUCAUUUAAACAAAGUACUAGUAAAUUAGAUUCGACCACGGAGUUGCGAGAUUUACAGCAUGCUAUUAAGUUACUUCAAACUAAAUUAAAUGAUCUGCAAUUGUAUGUGGGAACACAAGAAUUUGAUGAACAAUCUCUCGAUCAAAUUGUGGAAAAGGUUAAAGAACUUCAAUGCUUAGGUCAACAAAACAACGAUAAAUUGUUGCUAAUGAUUGAGAAUUUCUUAAAUACAGAUUGUAACCGUGUGGAUCUAAGUAAUAAUCAAUGUAUCAAUUUGUCUCCAAAUCGUCAAAUGGAGAAUAGCGUAGCUAGUAGUCAAAUUAGCGAACAAAAACGUAACGCAUACGCUGUCUCUGUUUGGAAGCGUAUACGUAUGAAAUUAGAUGGUCGCGAUCCAGAUCCCAAUCGCCGUAGCACUGUUAAUGAACAAGUCGACUUUGUUAUACGCGAAGCCAUCAGUGAGGACAAUCUAGCCUCCUUAUAUGAAGGCUGGACUCCUUGGGUCUAAUGGAAUAGCUAAUUGGCUCCGCAGCGAGGAGCUUGGGUUAAUAAUAUGCAAAAUUACCUCAGUUCCGAAACAAAUCAAGCGUAUCACUAUUUAACCAACCACAACAAAACAUCGUUUGGACGUAUGUAUGUAAAAAAAUAGGCUACAGCAAUAUAUCAUCAUGAUGGGAGGCAAAGGAGGCAGAUCCGAGGUUUAAUACAACAUUCAACAAAUAACGGUCGUUUACUCCUGCAGAAUGCAUUAGAGUUUGAUCGUAACGGGGACGCUUUGCUACACAUGGUCGCAAAUUACAUUGAAGUACGUGGCCCCGAUGUCAGAUAUCUACUGCUUGCGAUAUUUGUUAUAUUUUUUGUUUAAAAGAUAAACUAUUUCUCUCCUCCAAAUAAUUCAAAAUUUUGUACCGAAAUUACAUCUGUUGUGUUAUCCAUUGGUUAACAUUAUUUCUCCAUUUCUGUUUAACGUAUUCAUCUUUCACAUUUGUGAAACAAUCCAGGACAAAAGAGAUUUAAUAAAAAUAUUCCGCAUUCAAGAAUUGCAAACAAUAAAAUGUGCAUCUAUUUUCGUUAAAAGUUGUAUGAUUAUGAAAAAGCUCCGAGUUUGAGGUAGCUCUAAAUAAUUGCAGUGUAAAUAUCUUUUAAGAGCCAUAUCUGAAACGAACUGUGUGACUUGCUUCGUUAAAACAUUUGACGUACAUCUGACCUCAUCUUACAGCCGUUAAUAAAGAAAUAAACUUCUACAUACAGUGAAACAGUCAUUUAAUUUUUUGGAUGUUUGGAAUUAUUGUGGUCGUGUAAUCAUUCAUCGUUCAUACCAAAAAACCAUCAUGCAAAAGAGGUUUUUGGCUAUACUUUUUUUUUAUAAAAAAAUGUACGUUUGAAUAAAAAAACCAUGCUCCAGGUGAGGCUCGAACUCACAACCCCGGCAUUGCUCACAAGUUACUGAUUAUAAGUACCGUGCGCUAACCAAUUGCGCCACUGGAGCCACAACUGAAAAUGUUCACAGUAUACUCUUAAGCGACUGGCAAUAAAAAUUAUUGAAAGAUGGAUAAUCAAAAAAAUGUAAAAAUUGUAACUGACUUUAUACGCACAUUCUAUUACGUCAGCAAAUAAAUAGCCUUGGAAGCAAUAGAUGGU